AUGUCCAUCCCAUCCCAAAACACAGAAGAGGAAGCCGAAUCCCUCGAUUCCGAAAUCUCCACUAUCCGCGCCGAACUCAAAGCCCUCCACCACCGCCGCCGCAUCCUAACCAACAGCCUCCUCACCUCGCGCCCCCUCCAACGCCUCGCCAAAUCCCACCCCUCCCCAACAUGGCCCGACCUCUCCCCGCUCCUGCACACCUCCGCCCGCCACGCCGACCUCAACCACCACCGCAUCGCCUUCUCCACCACCGCCUUCCCCUUCACCGAUCCGUCGCCUGGCCCGUUAGAGGCUAAGAAUUUGCUUGGAGUGCGAAUUGAUAUCUGCGCCCGGGACGGGUCGUACGUUAAGCCGUACUAUAUUCUGUUGCGGAAGGUGCAGCAGCAGCAGACGGGCGGGAGGGGCAGGGGGAGGGUGCUGUACGUGCAUCGGCAUACGGUGCCGGCGGUGGUGGAUCUGGGGGCGUUGGAGCGGGUGUAUUUGCCGCGGGCCAAGGCUGCUGAUGCCGUGGGAGAGGAAGGCGAACAGCAACAACAACAACAACAACAACAACAACAACAACAACAAGAAGAAGAGGCAGCGCAAUUCAAGCCGUGGAAGCACCAACCAAAAAAGCAGAAUCUGAAGGGGUUCCUGCGCGAGGUGAGGCGGCAGUUGGUCGUGUGGCAUGUGCGCUGUGAUGGGGUCCGGUAUCUGCGGGAGCGGUUGGGGGUGGUUCGACGGGGAGCAGAUUCAGACGAGGAGAACGGCGUCUGGGAGAGGGAUGUGCUGGCGGAAGAACCGAAUCAAGAAUCAAAGAUCGCGAAGAAUGAGCUGGGGAUCGUCGCGUUGGGGGCCACCGCGCUGGAGGCGGUCUAUGUGCGCGUCGAAUGGGAGGAUGGCCGGGUCGGGCGGUUCAAAAUCUCCAAUGCGGGGUUGGUGGAGCGGGCGGUCGUUAUGGGGGACACGGGGCGGGAUAAAUUGAUGGAGGCGGUUAUGACGGGGGCAAAUGGGAGGUUGGAAACGUUGCUGGAUCGGUUGAGGAAAUACGCGGCUGAGUCGAGGGUGUCUGCUGCGGCCGCGGUUGAGGAUGGUGCGUCGCAGACGGCGUCGGACGCGUGA